AACCGAAAUACGCGGUAUCGCAAGUGUCACUAACCCGACGCAAGUGCUCUUUGGGCCGACGUGUGAUGGAUUCGAUACUAUUAUGCAAGGCGUUACCCACCUUCCUGAGAUGGAAAUAGGUGACCAUCUACUAUGGAGGAAUAUGGGGGCUUAUACUACUGCUGCUGCUACCAACUUCAACGGUUUUGAUACUCCUAUUUACUGGUACUACCGAAUGACGACCAUGACUACUACUUAG